AUGGAUAUUCCACGCCUAAUCAACACUAUCAGAUGGGGGGAUAUUCUUCCAAAUCGAAACUUUGGGUUUUGCCCUGAGGCCGUUCGGAUGUUCUACGCCAAUAUGAAGCCUUGCCUUCAUAUUUCUCCUCCAUGCUUCACAACGAUAGUAUACAACUAUCCGAUCACCAUCAAUGUGGAAUUAGUGUCACUGUUGCUUGGAAUUCCCAUUGCAGGAGCUGAAGUCAUGAAUGAAACUGACUUUCAUUCUGUUGAAUUCAAUGAGGGAGAUGCUCUGCGUCUGUAUACCCGCGACACUGGUCGCUACUACCCCUCUGAAUUUCAUACUGGUCGACUUCCUGAUGACCUUAAAGUGUUGCAUUUUUACAUAACCCGUUGCUUUCUGCCUAGAUCUUUUGGGCUCAAUACAAUCUAUCCCUCAGAUCUUUGGAUUCUGGCUAGUGCCAAAGAAAAUCGGGCUAUCAGCUAUCCUCAUCUAAUGUUCGACCACAUGUUGAACUUUCAUGCUGACAACUAUGCUGCCGAGCUUCCUUUCGCACCACAAAUUACUCAGAUCCUGCUGGCCUUAGGCAUAGAUCUUCGUUUUAAGGUGGCUCGCGUAGAUAUUCUCGGUUCUCUUCGUGCUCAAUUCGUCCUGCGUAAGGUGGAUGCAUCUGUUGGUCGUCGUGGCCCUCGAGUCAAUGCUCCAGGGGGAGAAGCAGCAAUUGCUGGAGUUCCCUUUCACCAGGAUGGACUCAGUUUGUCUAAGCUGGGAGGGGAUGAGGCAGAGGAAGAACCAGAUAUGACAGAUCUGGCUGACAAAGUCAGAGAUAAUGGGAAGCGACCAAUGGUGGACCCUUUGGAGGCUGUUCGAGCCAUGUUCAGGCAGGAGGAGGCAAGUAGCAGUAAUAGGAGUCUGAUGAUGGAGGAUGAUGAUGCCAUAUCAGACUAUGUGUCAUCGCCUAGGUUCUCGUUUUAG